AUGGGUGAUCGUGAAACUGCUGUCCCAAUUACUCGAGCAGAUUUGGACACUCAAAAUGUACGAAUUGACAAUUUAGCCAAUCAACUUGGAGAGAUGGAUGAAAGAGAAGACAUAGAUAACAAUAGAAGAGAAGACAGAGACAACAACCACGGAGGCAAUGCUGGAAGAAAUAAUAGGAGACAAUGUGUUCUAGAGGGUGAGUCGGAGUCCGAAGAAGAACUUGAGGAACCACCACCAGUUAACAAUCCACCUCAUCGUAAUCACAACAAUUUUGGUGAUUAUCGGAUUAAAGUUGAAAUCCCUAAUUUUUGGGGAAACCUGAAAAUUGAAGAUUUCUUGGAUGGGUUGGUAGAAGUGGAGAGGUUCUUUGAAAUUAUGGAGGUUCCAGAGAACAAAAUGGUGAAGAUGGUCGAUUUCUGUCUGAAAGUUACAGCAGCUGUAUGGUGGGAUCAGUUGCAGAAUUCACGACAGAGGCAAGGAAAGCAAUGGGUUCGUACGUGGCGAAAGAUGAAGCAGCUUAUGAUGGAUCAGUUCCUACCUACUGAUUAUGAACAAAUUAUGUACCGCAUAUACAUCGUCUGUGCGCAAGGCAAUCGUUCAGUUUCUGAAUAUACUAAAGAGUUUAUGCGUCUAGUGGAGCGUAAUCAUUUGACCGAGACCAAAAACCAAAAGGAGGCGAUUAAUAUGACGUUAAAGGCUGAGUUGUUGGAGAAGGAGAAACGCCAAACUAAUUAUCCCAGGAACACGAUGGAUCAUUUAAAAAAUGUUGCUACUUUUCCUAGUGACAAGGGGAAAAUGUAG